AUGGGUAAACAGAUGUGGCUAAAAAAUGGAGAUAGAAAUACAAAAUUCUUCCAUAGAGCUGCAAGUCAGAGAAAAAAAGCAAAUGAAAUUCAGAACAUUAAAAGGGAAGAUGGGAGUGUGGCAUGCAGCAGGGAAGAUAUCUUUGACAUUUUUAAUAGACACUACAAGAGCCUUUUCUCAACCUCUCAACUUGAUAAGAUAGCUGAUUGCCUGAAGUAUGUGGAGAAGAGAGUGGAUGAACACAUGAACAGACAUCUAACAAGAGAAUUCACUGCAGAAGAGGUAAGAACAACUUUAUUUCAAACGAAUCCAUUAGGAUCUCCAGGUCUUGAUGGAUUCUCAGCUAUAUUUUUUCAAAAACAUUGGGACAUAGUAGGAGAGGAUGUAACCAAAGCUGUCCUAGAAGCUUUCAAUGCUGAAGGGGACAUGUCCUGCAAUAAUGAGACCUACAUACUACUCAUCCUUAAGCUAGUCUCUAAAGUCAUAGCAAACAGGCUCAAGUUAAUCUUGCAUCAAAUCAUUUCCCCUACUCAAAGUGCUUUUGUACUAGGAAGGUUAAUUCUUGAUAAUGUAAUUGUGGCAUUUGAAGCAAUGCAUUCAAUGAGCACAAAAGUAAAGGGGCAACAGGGCUUUAUGUCAUUGAAACUAGAUAUGAUUGAGGUAUUAAGCUCACUUCUGCAACAAGCUGAAGAUUCAAGGCUUAUCCAUGGAAUCCAAUUGGGAAGAGGCAGACUAAGUAUCAACCAUUUAUUUUUUGCAGAUGAUAGUCUGUUGUUUUGCCGUGUAAGUGCAGUGGAGUGGGCAAAGAUAAUUGAACUACUUGAGCUGUAUGAAAGUGGCUCAAGGCAGAAACUCAACAAGGAAAAAACAUCUAUUUACUUCAGUGCAAACACCAAAAUAAUGACCAGAGAUCACAUCCUUGGCAUGGCUGGUUUCAGAGCCACUUUAAGCUAUGAGAAAUAUUUAGGAUUACUUGCUCUAUUAGGCAGAUCAAGAAUUCAGGCUUUCAAAGGGAUACUGGAUAGAGUCAGAAGUCGUGUGAGUAACUUGAAAAAUAAAUUGCUAUCACAAACUGGAAAGGAGGUGUUACUUAAGGCAAUCAUCCAAGCUCUGCCCACAUAUUGCAUGGGAGUCUUUAAACUGUCUAAGAGUCUUCUAAGAGAACUCAAUAGAAUAAUGCACAAUUACUGGUGGGGUCAACAACAAGGGGAAAGGAAAACACACUGGGUUUCUUGGCAACAAAUGGGAAAGGCAAAAAAUGAUGGAGGGGUGGGAUUCAAAAAUUUUGAGAGCUUUAAUUAUGCUCUAUUAGCUAAACAAGCUUGGAGGAUUCUACAAGUACACCAUUCACUGGCAUCUCAGGUUCUCAGAGCAAAAUAUUUUCCAAAAAUAGAUUUCUUGAAGGCUAAAGUGGGUGUCAGACCCUUCUUUAUUUGGAUGAGUAUUUGCUCAGCAAGACACUUGAUUGAAAGGGGCACCAUAUCAAGGAUUGGAAAUGGCCAUAAUAAACUUAUUUGA